UACCUGUCAAAGUAACAAUGCUGGAGUCAGGCUAUGGGGAACUGGCUAACAUUACAGACGCUUGUGACCGUAAUAGACGUUGUUGGAUAUUAAGUUUAUAAAUUCAUUUUAGUUGAUACAAUGAAUAUGUUGAUUUUUCAUGAAAGGACGGCACUGAUCCAGUCUUGUAAACGAGUUGAUUUAGUUCUAACGUUAGCUAGCGAUAAGUGAUAGGUGUGGCAAGGAAAUUAUUCUCCACAAACGACAUGGCAUUCAUUCAUAACGGAAAAAUUGACUGGUGGUAUCAGAGAUGUCCAAAAGAUUCAACAACUCACACGGUUUCUCGGCCGGGGUACACGUUUAUUCUUGGGGGACUCUUGCUGAUGCUUGCCCUGUAUCCUGUUCUGAAAACCUUGAGCAUCCAGCUGCACUCUGCCCUCACGGGGAGUUAUGUGGCUGGACACCAUUCAGUCAUCCUCAUCAACUGCCCCAAUGAACAAGUGGCCAAGGACAUCAGCAGGUCUCUAAUGGAGAGGCGCAUGGCUGCGUGUGUCAACAUUCUUCCUCGCUCUGCCACCAUGUACUACUGGAAAGGUGAAAUCCAGGACGCCACAGAGGUCCUACUGCUGGUAAGGACACGCACUUCUAAGAUCCAAAGCCUCACUGAAUACGUAAGAUCUAUCCACCCCUAUGAGAACCCUGAGGUGCUGAGUUUCCUCGUGGAGGGUGGCAGCCUGGACUACAUGAAGUGGAUCGACGAAGCUGUCCCCGAGAAUCCCUAUAUCCCAUCCUGACCCAGGGAGCCCCAGCCUGUCAAACUGACCAAUCGUAACUAAGCCCCCCCUAUCCCCAAGUUCUCCUGGAGGAUCCCGCCUGUGAAGCAGGGAAUGGCAGUGACACAGAGGAUUCCAGAACUUUCCCCCCCGAUCGCAACCUGAUGCAGGAAGUCCCACCGUGUGAGCCUAGCAGUGUCACUGGCAUAGAAGAUUCCAUAACUCAGCCUCUGCACCAGAGCCUUAUAGAUAGUUAUCCUCACCUGUUCCAAGUUCCAUCACGUUGCCCUGGUGAUGACUCUGCCACAGAAGGUUCCAGAACUUUAUGAAAUGAUGCAGCACAGUCGUUUGGGCCAAACUGAACUCUCCGGUGCUACUGUUCACGACAUCAUAACUGUGUGUUACCUACGUUCUCUCCAAACUUAACUGUUCAUGACAUCAUCACUGUGUGUGUGUUACCUACGUUCUCUCCACUCUUAACUGUUCAUGACGUCACCACUGUGUGUGUGUUACCUACGUUCUCUCCAAACUUCACUGUUCAUGACGUCACCACUGUGUGUGUGUUACCUACGUUCUCUCCAAACUUCACUGUUCAUGCAAAAACAAGGCUGAGGCUGUGUCUCUUUGGACAUGAUGAAAAGAUAGUUUUUGGUUCGGUCGUGGGUGAGAACUACUGUCUGGUACACAUUUCGCUAAGAAAGUAGUCCUCCAUUACUGGAAAAUCUAAGAACUCAUGCCACAUCAGUCACUGGACCAACCUAAUUGCAGAAUACAUUUCAAUGGAAAAAAAUAAUGCUCUCCAAAAGAAGCAUAUGACAGCCUUUGAAGAUACCUGGAACCUAUUCAUAACCUUUCUAAAUUCAACCAAAACAUAGCCAAAAACUGUGUAUAUUACCAGAAUUGACUACCCCACA